GGGAACUGCGCGUGGAACUGUCCCCCCUCUCUGCGCAAACCAUCUUUUCUACCCCGUUCCCCCUCUUCUCAUUUUCCAAAACCCCUCCAGCUUUCCCUCCCGCAUCCAUCCCCAUCCCCAUCACCACCACCCACGCCAGCCACCACGACAAAAGGUCGGCAUUCCACAACCGCAUCCGCCGAACAGUCUUUGCUUCCCACGGCAAGACGACCCCUCUGCAAUUCAAUUGGCAGGGGCUUCCCUCACCAUCCGCCACGGUUUCUUCUUCCAUGAUUAUAUCACCAAUGAGCAGCUUCACGACACAGAGUCACGUCGACACACUUUAAGUCCUACGGGAGCGCCCGCGAGCGAAGGAGUCAGGCGAUCUCAACUAUCGUUCUGUGAGGAUCAACUGGACUUCCGACCACCACACCUAAUUGUCGCCGUCCACGUCGAUCCCGUUGUAGCAGUUCGAGCCAUCCGCAAGAGGUAGCGAGGCAGCUUCACCACCAGAACCGACAUCCCCCACAUCCAAAAUGCCAGGCGCAAGCGUGGCUGUCGCGCCUACGACGGCGCCUGCAACGACCACACCAGCACCAACAUCAGCAUCAACACCACGAAAGGCGCCAGGCGCUACACAGCCAGAGAGAAAAUACAAGUGCCAGUUUUGUGCGAGGGCCUUCAGCAGGAGCGAACACCGCAGCCGCCACGAACGUUCACACACCAAGGAGCGACCAUUCAAGUGUCUCAAGUGCAGAAGCACCUUCGUACGACGUGAUCUCCUUCUCCGACACGACCGCACAGUCCACGCCAAAGAUGGCGGCAUACCUCUUCACAGCGACGGGAAGCGUCGCGGUGGUCCCAAGGCGGCUCCUCGCCCUGCCACCGGGCCUGCCAAAACCCCCAUGGACAUUGACACUUCAGCUCUUGAGCAGUUAGAAGCCAGUAGUGACGGUAUAUUUGAUGUGGAAACCGCUGCGAUGCUCGUUGCUGACCUUCAACAUAAAGCCACCUCCCAGGCGCGAGCAAAUGGCGCACCUUACGAUGGCAAUGGGACCAUGUCCUUUUCGCAAACCAGCACCCCGACUAUUGAGCCCUCGGUACCCUUUACCAACGGUGCGCUCGGUCUUCCCCAGUGGGACAGCUUCAUCUCUCACGACUCGAAAGCGCACUCGGUCAUCUCGGGUCCCGGAUCCUUCGAUACGUCACAUCCCAACCAUAUGGCCCCCAUGGGCGGCCAACACAUCAACGGGCUCCCCCUUUCGUCGCUCCCGCCUUCGGUGAACGGCACCCCCACUCCCCAGUCGCCAUUCCUGCCGCACCGCACCCAUACUCCUGUGGAUGCCACUCAGGCUCACGCCGGCCAGAAGCCUCCCCCUCCUCAGAUCAACAGCGAUGAGGAGAGGAACAUGAUUCUGGACAACAUCCGCGCCCACGAUGCCGAGCAUGCCCUCCCAGAAGGAUUUCGCGUCCCGAGCUUACCGUCGAUUAACCGAUACCUCGCGACAUAUUUCGGCUUGUUCCAUCAUCAUCUACCAUUCCUUCACCCAGCCUCGUUCGAACCCACCCGAGUCUCACCACCGCUUCUUCUCGCUCUACUAUCGAUCGGAGCCCUGUAUGCUUUUGAUCAAGAGAAUGCGUACAUGCUUCAUAUCGGUUCGAAGAUCUUGGUGAACCAAUUCCUUCAGCAUAAGGAGAAUUUCAGCUCGCGCAAGUGCCCGCUCUGGACCAUGCAGAGCUCUCUUCUCAACAUGAUUUUUGCCAGCUGGAGUGGUGACCCCAAGGGAUUGGAAUGGGCUUGCUCAAUCAAAAGCCUUCUUGCCAACAUGGUUGCUGGCAACAGGUAUGAGCUCAAGCUUCGCCAAGAGGCUCGUGAAGGACGCCCCCCAACACGCGCCGAGUGGGUUGAGGAUGAAGGUUGCAGGCGUACGUACUAUGCGGUAUACAUCUUCUUCGGUCUUCUCACCCUCACAUUCAACCACACUCCGGCCAUCAACUUCAACGAGUUCGAAGACCUGCAGCUCCCAGCCACCGAAUUCCUUUGGAACGUCAAGGUUGCUGAUGAGGUGGCCUGGCAAAAGCAUCUCGAAGCGUCUCCCGCUCCGACAUUUAUGGUGGCCCACGAUAACCUCUUCCAGGGCGAGACGCUCACGUACAGCGCUUUUGGAACGCGUGUUAUGAUCAAUGCGCUCUUCUUGGAAGUUUGGUAUCACAAGAGGAGUCCCGAGGCUUUGCAGGAUGUAGUGACCGAGUACAAGCUGAGACUCGCCCUUGAGACGUGGGAGAAAUCUCUAGAGUUCUGCGAGCACGAGACAGUAGCGGCUCCCCUGCACACGCCCCAAACGGGCCAUCCCUUGAUUUUUAACGCUAAGGCCAUGUAUCGUAAUGCGCGUGCUCGCUUGGAGGUGGACUUGAAGACGGUUCAGGAGGCCCUCCGGUACCAUGACUCCUACGAGGUCGCCGCUGCCAUGUCGAAUGCCCGGGAUCGGGUACGACGCUCAGGUGAGAUGAUCAAGGUCAUUCAGGUUUGCUAUGACUGCAUUGAGACUGCGGUCGAUACUGGUGUCCGCUGGGUGGCUCGUACCUCGCCUACAAACUGGAGUAUCGAGCACCCAUUGGGUGGCAUGGACCUCAUGAUCAUUCUCAGCCUCUGGCUCUAUCGUCUGGAACAUGACGAGGAGCAGGCGACGGAAGAGGAGCAGGUCAUGUACAAGCGUGUGCGAGAGCUGUUUGCGAGGGGGCUUCAGGAAAAGAUUGACGGCCACCUUGGCGCUGUUGUCGCGAGACUCUGGGCCUCAAUGCUUGGUGAGGUCGUUGUUUGGGGCAUCACCCGUGUUAUGGCUGACUCCUUCCGCCUCCAUGAGCAAGCCCUCAUCGGGUAUGUGGAUGACAUCGAAGCAUCCCCCAGUGUCACGACCCCUUCGAUGACAUCUCAAGGGGCCGAUGAGGACAGCGUGUAUUAGUUGUGACGAAGUUGACGAUCUUAUUUAUGGUUUGUGAGGGUGGGGUUUCGGCAUAUACCUUUUUCGAGCGGUUUUGGGUUCUCGUCAUUGUUCGGUUUCCUUGCUUUCAGCAUUUCAUUGUCGCUUCUUCCCCCUUCAAGAGGGACUUUCCAAUCUCUGUUUUUCAAUGGCUUCAGGGUUCAUCGGCGCGAAGGGGGUGGGGGUCUGAAGGGUUUCCUUGAUAAUUCUUCUGGGGUAGCUGUGGCAUUUCGCGUCUGCAUGGUGGUGGUAUUGGGCAAUGAUGGAGGGACAAGUUUGGUAAUCCGGUUUCGCAUUGGUCCCGAACGGCAUGAAGGAGGAUCAAAUCGCGCACAAACGCUGGCGCAAGCCUCUAAUAAUCCGCAACACCAACACGGUUGCUGGUCCCAUGUGGGAAAUCUUUUUCCUUCUCACCUUGUCUCGUUAGCUACGGCGCCCUUACCGCUUUAUAAUAACCCUUUCACGUCUUCGCCGCUGUUGUGUGCGGCGGCAGACAUUCAUCUCCUACUCGAUUCACUUUUUUCAGCUUCUGAUACCUUUGUUCUACUACAGUUCUUGGCUUUGUUGUCGUUGUCUGUUUUACUUGCCGAAUUUUCACACGUUCUGUUUUCUGCCUUACCAUUUCAGUAUUAAGUUUUCCUUAUUUCCUUUCUCAUUACCCUCCUCUGUACUAGAUAUCAGGACUAGGGACGCUGUUUCUAGGCAGAACAGGUGGACUGUAGGAGCGAACGGACUAGUUGGGUUUUGUUCUUGGUCUUUUCCUGUUUUCUUUGAUCGUUUUCUCGUUGGGAAUGAAUGAGCUUUGGUUUGGCGCAUAGUUAGCGAGCUGAACUCAAAAGUUUGUUCAAGAAAUACUAUAGCAAAUCUCCUUACAAGACUGAUAGUUAAUUCCGAAUGGGCAUAAAAAUGUUAAUCUCUCUA